AUGCUUCCCUCCAUUCAAACCGCCUACACCUUCAAACGAGGCAGCCGUGAGAUUGUCAGAAGGGACGACUGGCCCGUUCCGCACCCAGAAGACAACCAAGUGCUCCUCAAGGUGGAAGCCGUUGGUCUCUGCAUGUCGGAUGUGCACAUACUCAUGGCGCAAGAAACCCAUGUUCCUGAAACGUUUGUCAUGGGGCACGAAAUCGCAGGGCUGAUUGCUGCUGUGGGUGGGAAAUUGGAGCUGGAUCCACGGUAUAAAGUGGGAAAUCGGUUUACGGUUUGUAUCGGGCUCACCUGCGGCCGCUGUGCCAAUUGUCGAAAUGGCCAUGACAAUUGCUGUACGGGCAACGGCAAGUUUCCCGGUGCUUAUGGCUUGAAUCGUGACGGUGGGUUCCAGCAGUACUUGUUGGUCACAGACCUCAACACUUUGCUUCCACUUCCUGAUGGACUCAGCUACGAAAUGGCAGCUGUUUCCAGUGACUCAGUCUUGACCCCGCUCCAUGCUGUGCACAAGGUGAAGCCAGAUUUGGUUCCCACGGCCAAGAUCCUUGUUAUGGGGCUCGGCGGGUUGGGAUCCAAUGCCGUGCAAAUCAUAAAAAACUACGGAUGCCAUGUGGUAGCGUGCGAUGUCAAGCCAGAGUUGGAGGAGUUCGCACGCCAAUGUGGAGCCGAUGAGUUUUAUACAGACAUCAAUUCCAGCCCACACAAACCAGAACUGUUCGACGUGUGCUUUGACUUUUGUGGGUUCCAGGAAACCUUCGACUCGUGUCAAAAAUACGCUCAAAGUGGAGGCAAGAUUGUGGUGGUGGGUUUAGGAAGAUCAAAGUUGAUGUUGCGCAACUACGACUCGGCCCGUCGCAGUCUCCAGGUGAUUUUUUCGUUUGGUGGCACCGCCUCGAGCCAGGAACAGCUGCUUCAGUGGGUCACAAAGGGUUUGGUCAAGCCAAUGGUGACCAAUGGUGAUUUUGCUGAGCUUCCUCAGUACUUGAAGCGGCUUGCCAAAGGCGAGGUUAAGGGCCGUGUUGUGUUCCGCCCGUCAAAGUUGUGA